UCGUGGCUGUUGGUUGUUGGCCGUAGCUGUAGCUGUAGCUGUGGCGAUGAUGAUGUCGCUAGUUUCUGUUUCGUACACUCCGUGUUGAACGUUCGUUGGCGGCGGUUCACGCAUCGCGUCCGCAGCUUUUUCCCAGAGAUCCCGAGUGUUUUGGACUAUAUCGUAUAUAUAUCGCGGCAAUACUAUACUUAACAGACUUGGAUUUUUCGACCUGUGCAUGUGGAUAUAUCUGCAAGCAGUUUCGUUCUUCGGUGACACUGGAUAUUCCGGUGGAGUUAUUAUAAUUUUCUUUCCAUUUCGUGGCCUGGCGAAGCGUGAGCAACGCCAGCACUCCAACAUCUAAGAUUCGGGGCCAACAGCAAUUCCAUCCGCAUCCGCAGGUCGAGAUGCCGACCAUACGGCGGUGCUGCAUCAUCGGAUGUCUGUCCAAUUCGCGCCAGCACCCCAGCAUGCAGUUCUUUGCAUUUCCCCGCCCGGAGAAUCCGUUCCACAAGCUGUGGAAGGAGGCUUGCCACGCUUCCUUGAGGAGGAUAGUGCCCUUCAAGAAGCCAGUGGUGUGCGCCCUGCACUUUGACCCCAGUGUCCUGGGAGGCAGGAGGCUCCAGUCGAACGCCUUGCCCACGCUACGACUGGAGGUCCCUUCUAAUCUGGAGGCCGUGGAGCAACAGGCCAUGGUGGAGGAGAUCGAGAGGAGCCGGAAGUGCGCCUACAUAAAUGCAGUAGUCUACGAGUGGCUCGUAAGGGCCAACAUCAAUCCGCAGCUGCGGGGCAGUAUUACCCACGGAAUGAUCAAGGACAAGGCGGAGAAUGCCCGCCAGGUCAUCGGCAGCACCUCUUUCAUAGCAGACAAUCGCUGGCUGAACCGUUUCCGGGAGACCCACCUUCAGGGUUUUGCCCAAAAGCUAGCCAGCAACCAGUUGAAGCCUCUGGGAUCCUCCCUAUGGAUCCCAGACAUCGUACAGGACCUCGCUCAUCUCUUUCCACCGGCCAGCGCUGAGAGAGUGGCCAAGCUGGAGGAGAUGCCCGAGCAGUACAUGACCUAUAUGCAGCAGUACGGCGAAUACGAAGAGGACGACGACAGUAUGGAUGUCAAGGAGCAGAGCUACCAGGAGCAACAGCAACAGCAACACUUUGCCCUGCAGCAGCAGCAUAUGCAACAACAGCAGCAUCAGAUGGGUCACCCAUGGCCACCAUUUGCAGGACAUCCCGGACAUCCGCCUCCACAUCCCGGUUUCGCCAACUUCAAUGAGUUCUAUUUCGAGCGGCAUCAGCAGCAAAUGCAACAACUCCAGCAACAGCAGCAGCAGAUGCAGCAGCAGGCGCAGUUUCCCCCGAAUAUGCCACCGCAAAGGGAACCCUUCCAGCCCCAACUGCCACCAAAUGUUCCUCCCCAGCGGGCCAGUCCCUUCCAGCCCGUCCAGUUGGCCAAGAGACCGAAAAUGGAGUCACCGGACGACGACGAAGUACAGGAGAUCAACUCAUCGGUGAACUCGCCACCACUUCCACUCGCAGAAUCCAGCAAGGGCAGCCGAAGUCCUAGUCCCAAGGAGCAGAAUAACAACAACAGUGGAGGCAGAGACAGUGCCAGCAGCAAGGAGAAUGCCCCAAAGGGAGGUGGGCCAAGUGGCAAGUCCACGCCCGCCUUGUCCGCCAAAGGAAAGGACUCACCAGCUCCAGCUUCCGCUGCUAAGCCGGCUUCAGCACCAGCCUCGCCCAAGAAGAUCGUCAACGGAUCAAGCUCCUCCUCCGCCAGCCAAGCCAAUGGGCACGCAUCCCCAGAACCCGAAGACAAGAAAGCCUUGGCCGUGCUCAAAGAGUUGGAGAGCUACCACCAGGCGUUGGAGUACCUAAAACCACUUGAGGACUUUGUGCUCUUUAAAGAGAAUUUCCGGGCAAUUGGUCUGCUUUCCCAAUUGGAAUUGGUUCUCCGUAAAGGUGACAAGGCUACGCUGGUCGAGGGUUAAGGUUGGGAAGAGGUCGGAAGGACAAAACGCAAAAAGCAAAACACAAAUGUGAUGAACAGUGUAUAUAUGUAUCAAGUAGUACUAAUAAUUCUCAUACUACCGCCAAACGAGUUGUUUAGGCUUACAAAGAAUCUCCACUCGCAUAAAGCUGAACAUACUUCAUUAAUUUAUUAAUUACUUUAGGAAGAUAAAGAAUAAUUUA